UCCGGCACUGACAUUCUGUGCAUCUCUGUUUCUGUAUAAAUACCACUGCCUACUUCACCCUCGAUAAUACAGCGUAAGCCAAUGGCGAGGAGGCCCGUUGCCAGCGUUUUCUCCGCCGCCGACGCCGCCUCGUGGUACGUCGCUUUGGUCCUCGGGGCGCUCGUCCUGGCCAGCUCGCUGCGUGAAGGCGGCUCAGCGGAGGCGACGGUGCAGCUGGACGAGCCGGCCGGCGGCGGGCGGCUAGUGGCACGGCCGUGCGACGAGAUCUACGUGGUGGGCGAGGGGGAGACGCUGCACAGCAUCAGCGACAAGUGCGGCGACCCUUUCAUCGUGGAGCGCAACCCGCACAUACACGACCCCGACGACGUCUUCCCGGGCCUCGUCAUCUUGAUCACCCCGUCCAAGCCUCCUAUGUAGUGUAGCCACCAGAAACAUAUACAAAAUGGCGAGGAUUAACUAUUAAUCAUGAUCUGUAAAUAUAUAUGGAUGAAGAUUGUUGAAACCCAAAUUAAAGGAAUCAAAAUUACAAAUAAAAAAUAUUUGCUUCUUGGAUGAUUUCCUCUAUCAAUAAAACAGAUAAUUAACUCGUACA